CGGGGAGGCCCGCUGAACAAUUUUUCUACCACCUUCCAUGUGCCUACUUUUGGGACCAUGCCUCCUUUCUCAGAGAGGCCUUUUGUGAUGUCAGUCUAGAGGAAUUUUCCAUACUCAGAAUAUCCUGAACUAUAGCAUUUAACACAGUUGUAAUUAGUUCAUUAUAUGUUUUUUGUUGACUCGUCUGGUCCCAGAAAUAGGAUCUAAACUCGAUGAUGGUGAAGACAUUUUCAUACCAUUCUUCCAGUAGACACAAUGCCUAGAACUCCAUACAUACUUAUUGAAUGAAAGUAUUCAUCUUUUUCUCACAGACAGGAAACAUCCUGAGGACAGGCAACCCUUCUGUGGGGCUCAAUUUCGGAACUUUUGGAAGCACCGCAACCCCAGCAACUACAUCUGCUCCUUCAGGUGGAUUUGGAACUGGACUUUUUGGAUCAAAGCCUACCACUGGGUUCACUUUAGGAGGAACAAAUACAGGAAUAGCAACAACUAUAACUACAGGAUUCACUCUGGGAACUCCAGCCACUACAUCUGCAUCUACAACAGGUUUCAGUUUAGGUUUUAAUAAACCUGCAGCAUCUGCCACACCUUUUGCUUUACCCAUUACUUCUACCUCAGCUGGUGGUCUCACUCUUUCAUCUGCUCUGACGUCGGCUCCAGCAGCAUCCACAGGAUUUACUCUGAACAGUUUGGGUGGAGCAGCAGCCACAACUACAACUGCAUCAACAGGCCUUUCUUUAGGGGGAACCUUAGCUGGUUUGGGAGGUUCGCUUUUCCAGAGUACAAACACUGCAACAUCAGGACUUGGACAGAAUGCUUUAGGCUUAACUUUGGGAACUACAGCAGCUACUUCGACUGUAGGCAAUGAGGGCCUCGGUGGCAUUGAUUUUAGUAGCUCAUCAGAUAAAAAGAGUGAUAAAACAGGAACAAGACCAGAGGAUAGUAAAGCACUGAAGGAUGAAAAUCUACCUCCUGUGAUCUGCCAGGAUGUUGAAAAUCUCCAGAAAUUUGUGAAGGAACAAAAACAGGUCCAAGAAGAAAUUAGUAGAAUGUCUUCAAAAGCAAUGCUUAAAGUACAAGAAGAUAUUAAAGCUCUGAAGCAGCUUUUGUCACUGGCUGCCAGUGGAUUACAGAGAAAUACUAUCAAUAUUGACAAAUUGAAAAUAGAAACUGCGCAGGAGUUAAAGAAUGCUGAAAUAGCCUUAAGAACCCAAAAAACACCACCUGGACUUCAACAUGAAAAUACAGCUCCUGCUGACUACUUCAGAAUCUUGGUUCAACAGUUUGAAGUACAGCUUCAACAGUACAGACAGCAGAUUGAAGAACUAGAAAAUCAUCUUGCCACUCAAGCAAAUAACUCACAUAUAACCCCUCAAGAUUUGUCAAUGGCUAUGCAGAAAAUUUAUCAGACAUUUGUAGCUUUAGCUGCACAACUUCAAUCAAUUCAUGAAAAUGUAAAGGUGCUCAAAGAACAGUACCUUGGCUAUAGGAAAAUGUUUUUGGGAGAUGCUGUAGAUGUGUUUGAAGCCAGGCGAACAGAAGCCAAGAAGUGGCAGAAUGCACCCAGAGUUACUACUGGACCCACCCCUUUCAGCAACAUGCCAAAUGCAGCAGCCGUUGCCAUGGCUGCAACUCUUACACAGCAGCAACAGCCUGCUACAGGGCCACAGCCAUCUCUGGGAGUUAGUUUUGGAACGCCAUUCGGCUCAGGUAUUGGCACUGGCUUGCAAUCAAGUGGCUUAGGUUCUUCAAACCUUGGAGGAUUUGGAACUAGCUCUGGUUUUGGAUGCAGCACCACAGGGGCCUCCACAUUUGGAUUUGGAACAACAAAUAAACCCUCAGGAAGUCUUAGUGCAGGCUUUGGCAGCUCAAGUACAUCUGGGUUUAACUUCAGCAAUCCUGGCAUCACGGCAUCAGCUGGUUUGACAUUUGGGGUAUCCAAUCCUGCCUCUGCAGGUUUUGGAACAGGAGGACAACUCCUUCAAUUGAAGAAACCUCCAGCUGGAAACAAAAGAGGAAAAAGAUAAACAUAUGGGUUGAUGUGUUGAGAAAAUGCAUAGCAGCAUCGUUCCUUCUAUGAGUCUAUUUUUCUAAAAUUGAUGCAGUAAUUAAAUUGCACCCAGGAGAUUUAUAAAGUUUUGAUAUUUUCCCCUACUCUGAAAUUUGAACUCUCUUGUUUGCUAUGCUAAACUGUGUGUGUGUGUGUGUGUGUGUGUGUGUGUGUGUGUGUGUGUUAAAAACCCUCCUCUGUGUGUGUGUGUUAAAAACCCUGCUGUGUAUUUUUCAUUAUUUUGAUUCUCAGAAAGAAAUGUUCUGAUUACAUCACCGAUUAGUAAAAUCUACUAUUUAACUGUUAAUAGCAAUGUUUUUGUUGAUAAGGUUUACAUUAUGUGUGAAUUAUGCACAUUGUUUCUUACACAGAUGGUGUGAACUCCAGGACCUAUCCUAGAAUCAGUUUGUUCCUUGAUAAAGGCCUUUUGAACUACAUUGCAGGGCAUCUUGUGAAUAUGUAUGUAAAUAUAUGAAAAAUAAUACACACAAUUCUGUGUGCAUAUAAAAUAUAUAUUUACAGACCUACAACUUUUGCCUCAGACUGUUCCCCUUGUCUAAGGGUAUUCCAUUUUUCACUUGAGCUUGAAAUCCUCAGUGCUACUUGUACAUUUAUGAGCUAGAGGUGCCAGGUCACUGCAGUUUUUUGCUUAAAGACUUGCUGAAACAGCUACUGGUGUAAAUAUUUAACCAACUUAAUUUCAUUGCCCCUAGUCUUUACCAUUUUUGUUUCUGCUUUAACCUUUAGCAGCUACUCCAAAUGAGGAUUGCUGUGAGACGCGUUGAAUAGAUUUUAACAACUUUUAUUAUCCUAUAUAUCCUCAUAUUGCCUAUAUGAGAUGUUUUUUCAUAUCUGGGAUGGGCCUUGAAGAGCAUGUUUGAACUCCAGAAUGGUAUUCUGGGGACAAAGAGCUAUUAAGCCAAAUUGAUUCUAUGCAGGUGAGGGAUGCACUGUUAUUACAGUGAAAACUUUUCUAGCUAUUCCAAUACAGAGUUCUUUCUUACAGGGCUAUUGAUAUUGACACCAAAUGGAGUGGCUUAUCAGCCUCUUAAUGUCUUAAGUAAGUGCUUAAUUUGGAAUAGAGAAACAAUAUAUUUUAAGAAAUAAAAUUAUUCUUUGUAGCAACUAUAAACUAUCCCCUGUUUCAACAGUGAACAGAGCUCCAGGUGGUAAUAAUACAUAGGCAUGUCAGGUUGUAUCUGUGUAAUAUUUGUUUAUAUUAGUAACAUAGAGUGGGUGAAAAAAUGAGCCCUUGGAAAGAGAACUGCCUUACCCAUGAUUUCAGACAGAAACUAUUAGGUAGAUCUAUUUAUCUUUCAAGUACUGUUUUCAGAUGGGAUGUGAACAUGGAAUUUCAUUGAAAAUAGUUUAAUUUUUUAUAUAAAAGGUUUUGUACAUAAUGUGCAUCAAGUGAAUAUUUUCAGAAUCAUUUUCACCAAGGCACCUUUUUUUCUAAAAUAGGUAUUGCAUAUAUAAAUACACACACUAUAUAUUUUUAGUAUAAUGUUUGUUGGGUUUGAUUAUGAAAGUAUCAAAUCUGUUUUAUUUAUCUGCAUAUAGCAACAAUCAUUGGCAUUUUGGAAUUGAAAUUUUUGCUCCUUGAUGCAUCAAAAUAAGGAAAAUACUUUGUUUCUUAGCACUAAAGUUGUUUUUAUUUUUGCAUACGUCUCCAAUACUGCAAUCCCCAGAUCCACGUUUGGGGAAGGGGUAGGAAAAUGUGGAUUUUUGUGUUUUGAAUUACUGAUAAAAUAUACAACAAACUUUUUUUUUUUUUAAGGACAUUGCAUUGUGCUGCAAAAUCUGAAUAUAUAUUUGGUUUUUUCUUCAUAUAUUUCCAUUUUAAUAUGUUGAACCACUGGAAAUUUGUAACAGAUCAAUUUGUGAUAGGAGUUUAAAUGUGUUAUCAUUGUCUCUACUGUCUUCACUUUGUCCAGAGCCUAUCAUUAUGUAAACAAAUAAAGUAUAUUGUGUCAGUUGCUUUGAAUCUUUAUAGGUGUUGGUAUUCUUCAUACACAAUUUUCUAAUCAUUGCUUUUUUAUAACUUUUUAGUGUUUUCAUUGGUUUAUACAGUUUUUUAGACAAAAGCUCACAAGAUACUAAGCUCUCUGUUAGUUGAUUUUGUCUUCUCCAAAAUACAGAAGCAUUUUUAGUUAUACACGAGGAUAUUGAAUAAAAAGUAAAAGUCUCCUUCAAUGCUUUUAAAUCCUUAUCUCAUUUUCUUCCAUAGUCUUCACUCUUAAUGGUUUGGUGUAUAUCCUUCCAUACCUUUUAAAAAAUGCCUUUUUCAACAUAAUGUAUCCAAAUGAUUAUUUUCCCAGUUGUAUUAUUAUCUCUUAAAUCCUUUUUCUUUUAUUAACACAUGGUUAAAAUUCUAUGUAUUCUGUUACUUCCUUUUUCCAAAACUCUUCUACAGUGUGUUGUUGGCAUCCAUGUAGAUCAGAUUUACUUUUUUACGUGUAAUCUCAUAGGAUGGAUGUACAAUGAUUUGUUCCAACUAUUACCUGUUGAUGCGCAGUUAAAUACUCCAGUAUUUCAGUUUUUACAGAAGAAACUGCAGUGAGUAUCCUUGUAUAUGACUGUGCUUACGUUUAAUGGAAGAGGAAUUGCUGAUAACGCAUCUAAAUUACAUAAAAUGUCAAAUUGCCUUCCAAAAUGUAAGAAUACACAUUCCUACAGUGUAUAUGAAAGUGUAUAUGUAUACAGUGUAUAUGAAAACAUUUCCUAAUGUUUUCUGCCAUCCUAGAUAAUACUAGUCCUAAUAAUAAGUACUAAGGAGAUUAAACUUUUUAAUAUGUCUGUUAGCCAUUAGCAUAUCACUGUAAUUGUAUUUUAAUAUCCUUUGCCCAUUUGUACACAAGCUUUUAAAGGAGUUUUUCCUUGAUGAUUUGUAGGAACUCUGUAUCAGUGGACAUUAUAAUAUUCUUCUUGUGAGCUAGAAUGGGCUCUUGGAUUCAGAUGAUUCAGACUCUUGCCCUUGAACAUGUAUGAUCUUAAGACAAAUUAUUUAACUUCUAAAACUCAGUUUCAUUAUCUGAAAAGUGGAGAUAAUGAAGAUGGGUGAUUGUAUUAAUAUUCUACUUUAAAGCACUUAGAUGGGGGUGUAGCAUAAACCCCUGACACUUCAAAAGCAUUUUUAUUCCUAAACCCAUGCCUCACUUCUUUGGUCAUUGUAACUGGAUGCUUUAUUCUGGUGCCUCCUAGGGAAGCCACUGUGUGUAUGUGUGAUGGCUGUGCUAGGAUACUUGAUCCUCAAGAUGAACUGUAGUACCAAUUUUGUUGUUUGAUGAUUUUUUAAAAAAUUC